AGUUAGUUGAUGUAGUCAGGCUAUGAAGCGUAAUUUAUGUGGAUCCACGCCUACCUCAGAAUGCACAAAAGUGUCGAACAAAUGUCCGAAGAAAAUGGAUCAGAAUACAAGAAUGGAUCAGUCAGAGAGCAGUCGAGUUGCUUCAAGAAACUUUGAAACCAGCUCAGACGCAUGUUCAGGUCAGCAGUCAGCUAUUCCUCUGCCUAUGGUUGAGGAGAUUUUGAUGAACCUGCCUGCGCAUCAGGUGGUCCAGGUCUGUCGGUUGGUGUGUCAUGAGUGGAAGGAGCUGGUGGACAGUGCUGCACACUGGAGAGAGCGCUGCAAGAGAGAGGAGAUCCAGCCGUAUGAUGCUUCCAGAGUCCCAGAGGACUGGCGCCUGUUUUACUUGCAGUCUAAAUAUAGAAGAAACCUGCUCAAGAAUCCCAAAGCUGAUGAUGGACUUCAAGAAUGGGAGUUUGUACAUAACACAGGGGACCACUGGGUGACAGGAGAAAUUGGAAAGCCAUUUCCAGACAACACAGUUACCAAAUGCUUUGUAGCAUCUAGUGUAUAUCAAAAGGAGCAGCUGAUUGAUUUGAAGAAAGAAGGUUACAGUGAUGCUUUCAUGGAUCAACUGCAACCUCAUAUUAAAAUAUCAGACUGGUAUACCCCAGACUCUAAGUAUAGUCGGUAUAAGUUGUAUGUACGGUUGCUUGAUCAGGAGAGGAAAGCCAUCAGUACCUUUAAUCCUUAUAAAGUUAUCUUGCAUCGGAACGAUUACCCAUGGUGUCAG